AUGAUUGCGAUUUUCAAGGAUAAUCGCGAGUUAUGUCAGAAUGUCACUGAAGAGUUGAUUGCGCAUAUUGUCAAUAUGAUUGAACACAAAGCCCGAAGUGCCGUGUUUAUCGAGUUUUUGCAGAGCAUUGUUAUAGUUCACGAAAAAGAAAUUGAAUCGACCCAGGAGAAAACUGCCCAAGAGAUUUGUUCCGCUUCCGAUGAUGUGCGAGUUUUCUACGCUGAUAGUGCUAGCUUUGAGCAGUUGGUAAAACUGAUGCAGGACACGCGUCCGGAAGAGCUCAAUGCUGAUCACUCAUUGCGUUACCACAUUGAGUUGGUACGACUUCUCGCCUUGUGCACGCGUGGUAGAAAUAGCACAACGGAACUGAAGUGCGCCUCGCAACUUUCCAUGGAUCAUAUUGUACGUGUUGUAACGUCACCGUACUGCUUGGUUGAGAGUCCCAAUAUUUCAAGAACCUCCUUUGUACCCGUUGUUACUCCUAGUGAGGUCGAAACCGCGAUUCGCUCCAUGAAGUUGAACAAGGCAGCAGGUUUGGACUCAGUCCGUGUUGAAGAACUAAAAUCCGAAGGCGAAACGAUAAAAAAAAAAGCACUUAGCACGAUUUACCCUGGGUCGCAUACGGAAUUCACCUUCAACAAUGAUCUUAUAUUAACAGAAGUUAAACGAAGUGUGAAAGAGAGCGACAUUUGCUCCCCGAAAGCUUUUAACAGCGCGCUAGAAGGCGUUUUCGGGAGUGUGGAUGCAGCAGAUGGAAUCAAUAUCGAUGGUGCAAAAUUGCGAAUGCUGCUCUUUGCGGAAGGUGUAGUCCUUGUCGCAGAAAACCCCCAGUUGUUGCAGAAUCUGUUAAAUGAGCUGGUAGCGAAGAUAAACAAAGUCGGGCUCACGGUUAACAUCGACAAAACCAAAACCUACUGUCCUCAGUUCGACAUGAAACUCUACAACUCCAUCGGACUUGUAGACAGGUACACCUACUUGGGACAAGCAGUGCAAAUGAAUAGUGACUUGGACAUCGAAAUAACGAGAUGGAUAAGACCAGAGUGGAUACUUUCGCCAAGCUCCGCGAUAUAUUUUGCGACAAAAAAACUACCUUACCUGCAAAAGCAGCAAUUUUUAAUUCGAUCGUAUUACCAGCUAUGUUAUACGGAUGUGAAACAUGGAAUACUGCGUUUGCUGAAGAAAGAAAAUUAG